AUUCCCAAAGCAAAAGGCUUUCAUUGAUUAUUUAUUGCACAUCAUCUGUUUGCUUUUUUCCUUCAAAGAAAAUGGGAACAGAAGGCUCUCCGCGUGAUCCUCUUCUUCUUUCCAUCAAAGAAGAUCAAAACGGCUUCGCUUACAUCAACAAAACAUCAUCUUUACUAAAAUCUACCAAAUGGGUUCUAAAAUCUGCAAUGUGGUUAAUCUUCAUUUCCUGGGUUAGUUUCCUGUUCUUAGUUCCAUCAGACUCGGUGAAGCAAUUAUACACGAAACUGGUUAAGGCUACUUCUGGAACUCUUUUUGGAACUACAGGAAGCAUCUUUCUGAUAUACAGUGGUCCAAUACUUGUCAUUGCGUUUCUUGCUAUAAUUUACCUCGGGAUAUCUGCGGAAAACGAGGUUCAAGAGAAAAAGACAAAACACGCAAGUUUUCGCUUAUGGACAUUCCCGAUUAUCGUUGAUGGACCUUUCGGGGUUGUUACUGCAGCGGAAUUGAUUGGAAUUCUGUUGUUUGCUGUGUAUCUCAUCUGGGCUAUUAUCGCUUAUACGUUUCAGAACAUCAGUCUCUUGCCCUUGUUUGAGAUCACCGAUGCAGGCAAAAGGAAUCUUAUAUUGCUAGAACUAACAGGACUACGCCUAGGGUUUAUCGGAUUGAUUUGCAUGGCAUUUUUAUUUCUACCGGUUGCAAGGGGAUCCAUUCUUCUACGACUUAUAGAUAUCCCUUUUGAGCAUGCAGCUCGAUAUCAUGUAUGGUUGGGGCAUCUUACAAUGAUACUCUUCACUCUUCAUGGCCUAUUUUUUGUGAUUCCAUGGGCAAUCAAUGGUCGUCUCAUAAAAGAACUUACAGCUUGGCAAAAUGUUGGUGUUGCUAAUCUUCCAGGAGUCAUUAGUCUAGUAGCGGGUCUUUUUAUGUGGGUGACAUCACUUCCACCUGUCAGAAGGAGAAUAAACUUUGAAUUAUUUUUCUACACGCAUCAGUUAUACGUUGUUUUUGUUGUCUUUUUGGCAAUGCAUGUUGGGGAUUUCAUUUUCAGUAUUGCUGCUGCUGGAAUAUUUCUCUUUAUGCUCGAUCGGUUUCUUAGAUUCUUUCAAUCACGAAAAACCGUGGACAUAUUAUCUGCUAAAUGUCUUCCAUCCGGAACUGUGGAACUUGUUAUUUCAAAACCAGAAGGGUUACAAUACAAUGCCCUUAGUUGGGUUUUUCUUCAAGUUCGAGAGUUAUCAUGGUUACAAUGGCAUCCUUUUAGUGUCUCAUCUAGUCCUCUAGAUGGAAAACAUCAUAUUGCUGUUCUCAUAAAAGUUCUUGGAGAUUGGACAGAGAAACUAAGGGGACAUAUCUCAAGUGUUCCCGAGGAGGAGCAGGGUGAAACUGAUGACCUCCUUCACCCAAAUUUCACACUAAAGGCAUCCAUAGAGGGACCUUAUGGGCACGAGUCACCAUACCACUUAACGUAUGAAAACCUUAUUUUAGUUGCUGGUGGCAUUGGAAUUUCACCAUUUGUGGCUAUCAUGAGUGAUAUUCUUAAUCGAAUUCGGGACUCUAAACCUUGUUUGCCUAGACAUGUGUUGAUAGUUUGGGCAGUCAAAAAAUCCGAUGAGCUUCCGCUUCUGCAUUCACUUGACAUGAACUCACUCUGCCCAUAUUUCUACAAUACACUAAAUCUUGAGAUUCAAACCUACGUCACUAGGGAAUCAGAACCCCCAUUGGAAGAGGGUAAAGUACCCGAGUAUGUGAACUCUUCUGUCUUCCCUACUCCUAGCCAUGGUGGCAUGUCUAGUUUGGUUGGAACCGGAAGCAUAAUAUGGUCUGGAGCUUACAUGGUGGUCUCCACACUCGGUUUCAUUGUUCUCCUCGCGAUGCUAGACAUGUUUUACAUCAAUCCUUACAAGAUAUCAUAUUGGUGGUACAAAGGGCUUCUAUUCACCAUAUGCAUGGCUGCAAGUAUUAUUCUCUUUGGAGGCUUCGUGAUCGGUUUAUGGCAUCUUUGGGAUAAAAAAACCUCAGUCGAAAAAAACAAAAACUCCGAAGAUGAAAAGAAAAUUGGUGGCUUACAAUAUUACGAGUCUAAUGUGCACAAGAAUUCUUCACGUCGCGAUUUUGUCAAUAACAUAAAAUAUGGUCAAAGACCGGACUUCAAAGAAAUAUUUGGAAACAUGGCUGAGCGAUGGGGGAAUGUUGAUAUUGGGGUGAUGGUGUGUGGGCCUACAGCACUUCAAACAAGCAUUGCUAAAGAGUGUAGAUCAAAGAAUUUUGGGCGGAUUAGUGGUGAGCCGAUCUUCCAUUUCAACAGCCAUAGUUUCGAUCUCUAAGUAUUGUAAGAAGAUGGUUGCUAUACAUAUGGCUUAAUUUGGACUCGGCCUUCUGAGUAAUGCAAAUAUUACCAAAUUUCAAUGCUAUAUACAACUUCCAAUGCAUUGGAGAUAUGGAGAUUUGUAACUUUAUGGUCGAAACUUGGCUGUUUCUGUAUAUAUAAAAUGAAGAAAGUAUAAAAUUAGAAAGACUAGGAUCCAUACUAGUAUAGUGAGACUAGGAUCCAUACUAGUAAUAGUGUAAGUUGAGUUAAGGUGCUUUCAUGUUAUGCCAUUAUAAUGUAAAUUUUGAUGCCAAUAUAUGAAUAUGUUAUAUA